AUCUUUGUACGACACAAAUCAUGAAUAACAAUAAUAGUUUGCCUUACUUUGCAAUGGUGCUGGUCCAAAUUCUUUAUGCAGGAGCAACCAUCACAAUGAAAAUCGGGUUCGCAAAUGGACUUAAUCAGCUUGUGUUUGUAGUGUAUCGCCAUUUAAUCAGCACGAUUCUCUUUUGCCCUUUUGCUCUAGUUUUCGAAAGGACGAAAAGUCGACCGAAACUCACAUUUGUAGUAAUGAUGAAAAUAUUUGUGCUGUCAACUCUUGGGUCAACAAUCCAUCUUAAUGGAGUUUCUUAUGGUUUAGCAUAUACUUCAGCAACAGUGUCAAGUGCUUUAAAUUGUCUCACACCAUGUUUGACCUUUCUCAUUGCGUUUCUCCUUAGGAUGGAGAAAGUAAAUAUUAGAAGCUUCAAAGGGCAGGCCAAAGUUGUGGGAACAAUUCUUGGGAUAGCAGGAACACUUACGAUUACGUUUUGGAGAGGAGGAUUUCAAUUGAAGGGACUUGUAGAUAAGCCCUUAAUUGACCUUUCUAACACCAAAGUUUUUCAUGGUCAUGUUAAACCAAACUGGGUUAAAGGGGCAACCCUCAUUUCUGCCAGCAAAGUUUCCUGGAGUUUGUGGCUCAUUUUACAGGGAUUAGUGCACAAAGUUUAUCCGGCACCAUUGUCUAUGAAUAUCAUGAUCUGUCUUUUCGCAUCAUUGCAAUCUUCUAUCCUCGCUGUCUUCUUUGCAAGAGAAGCUGAUAUGUGGAAGAUCAAGUGGGACGUAAAACUCUUGACGAUCAUCUAUGGGGGUAUUGUAAUAUCUGGAUUGACAUACUACCUUGUCUUAUGGACAAUUAACAAGAGGGGGCCAGUGUUUGCAGCGAUGUUUACACCAUUAGAACUUCCGAUUGUAGGAGUUUUUUCAGCCAUUGCCUUCAACGAAAGACUCCAUAUAGGAAGUUUUAUUGGAGCGUUACUCAUAAUUGUGGGACUUUAUAGCGUACUUUGGGGGAAGACCGACGACAAUGUUGUCAAAGUACAGAGCAAAGAUGACGUCGAAAAUAGGAUUAAAGCUUCUGAUACUUUUAAUAAUGAUGGUAAAGAAAGGAAUUAGCUUAUGGG